UUAUCAUAAAAAAAAGGAAAAAAAAAAAACUUUUGCCUUUAACAUUGUUAUAAACUCAGACCUAAGAAAAUUGUAAGUAAUGACAUGUAAUAUAUGUUUGAGUCAUGUAAAAAAAAAAAAAUUAUUGACAUAUGAUCCAAAUUAUCUAGGGGUAAUGGAAUUUUAGAAAGGAGUACUUCUUUAUCAGUGAGCUCUAAACAAGAACGACAACUAACUGUGGUGCACUUGUGCUAUCGGCGGCGAAUGUCCAGUGUACAUCGUGUACGCAUUGCGUGCCUAUACCGAUACCAAGCCCCAUGGUAAAACAGCGUAGGAGAAAAGCAAAUCAGAUUUUCUAAGCUUCACUAACUCCACUGUUUUCUAUUCUGCGCCAAAAGUAAAUCCAACCAGGUAGUUGGUCCUAACGCGAAGGGCUGGAAGUGCUAGAUAUCUCCCGCGGAAUUCCGCAUGUAAGUCCGGGAAACCUUGAAGGCUUGGCGUCUAAGCAUCUUGCUCGCAUGUUAUGUCACUGCAUUGGAAGAAGUGAAGGAUCAAUUCGUACGUCUUGGUUGGAAUUAUCUGUACAAACGUCGUAAAAAGGAAACUUACAAUCAACCAUGUUAAGAAGACUGCUGGUUAAACCACGUCUGACUUCAUCGUCAUGCCGAAUUUUGAUUACAAAUGGCUUGAAAACGACAGCAACUGACGAAACCAAUUCUAAUGUUGCACCCGUAUCUACUGCAGAAGAUGAACCAUUAGAGUUAAGACCUCUCUAUCUUGAUGCCCAAGCAACUACUCCUUUGGACCCACGUGUUUUGGAUGCAAUGAUGCCUUACUCAGUGUCCUAUUAUGGAAACCCACAUUCUCGUACACACACUUAUGGCUGGGAAAGCGAGCAAGCUGUAGAACAUGCCAGAAAGCAAGUAGCAGACUUGAUUGGUGCAGAUCCAAAAGAGAUUGUAUUUACCAGUGGAGCUACAGAAUCAAACAACAUUUCUGUCAAGGGAGUGGCACGGUUUUACAAAAAGAACAAGAAGCAUGUCAUUACAACGCAAACUGAGCACAAGUGUGUUUUGGAUUCUUGUCGUGCACUUGAGAGUGAAGGUUUCGACGUGACCUAUUUACCUGUCAUGAAAAAUGGUCUGAUUGACUUACAGCAACUUGAGAAUGCCAUGAGACCUGACACAUCUCUUGUAUCAGUGAUGACAGUCAACAAUGAGAUUGGUGUCACACAACCUGUCAAGGAAAUUGGACACCUUUGUCGCAAGAACAAAAUCUUCUUCCACACAGAUGCAGCUCAGGCAGUUGGUAAGAUUCCCCUUGACGUGAAUGAACUGAAGAUUGACCUUAUGUCAAUCAGUGGGCACAAGAUUUAUGGACCUAAAGGUGUCGGUGCCUUGUACAUCAGGAGAAGGCCUCGUGUGAGGGUGGAGCCUAUUCAGAGUGGGGGAGGACAGGAGAGGGGCAUGCGCAGUGGUACUGUACCGCACGUGUUAGCAGUUGGGCUGGGAGCAGCUUGUGAAGUGGCUAUGGAUGAACUAGAGUAUGACCAUAAAAGGGUAACAGAGCUGUCCAAUCGACUGGUGAAUGGCAUCGCAGCCGGGUUAACUCACGUGAUCAGGAACGGUGACCCGGAACAUUCUUAUCCCGGAUGUGUGAACCUGUCAUUCGCCUUUGUGGAGGGAGAGAGUCUCUUGAUGGCUCUUAAGGACGUGGCGCUGUCUUCAGGAAGCGCGUGUACGUCAGCUUCGUUGGAGCCUUCCUAUGUUCUCCGAGCGAUAGGUGCCGAUGAAGACCUCGCUCACUCCUCUAUCAGGUUUGGAAUCGGACGGUUCACAACAGAAGAAGAAAUAGAUUACACUGUGGAAAGAACAAUUAAGCAUGUCAAGCGUCUUCGUGAGAUGAGCCCAUUGUGGGAGAUGGUUCAAGAAGGAGUCGACCUUAAGACCAUCCAGUGGUCACAGCACUAAUUGUGGACAACGAGGCUUGUUUCCUAUUCUUUAAAGCUGUGGUGUCAAAGUGCAGAUUCUCCUCACAGCUCUCCAUAACUUCAUGCUUAUUGACGGUCUGGAGAGAAGUUAGUUCUCUAUCAAGGCAAUAAUUUCUUUUGUUACCGGUUACUGGUUGCCAGUGACCAGUUUUGAGUGGAGAUCGAUUUAUAUGAAAAACGUUACUCCCUGUUUUAUCACUUUUCAAAACGCCUAGAAGAAAGAUGGCAUACCAAGCGUGGUAGAGUAAUUCUGGCUAACACAGUCUCGAGUGUUUGAUAUAUCUUUUCAAUAAAAUCUCAAACAACAGUGAAAACUGGGAUUAAAACCGUGUUCCAAAGUCGCGGUGAUUAUUUCUGUUUAAACAUGAUGAAUUAUUAAAGAAAUUGAGGCAGACAAGAUUCUGAAAACACCCCAGCUAAAAGGAGCUGUUACUUUCGAAUUUGACUUGUUAAUGUUAUCAGCAUAUUGCCAGCAUUGUUGCUGAGGUUAAAUUGAACGUAAUACCAUAAAUAAGCUGGCAGCAAAACUCUUAGAGAGGAUUAAGAGACAUGGGUCGCUAGAAAGUAUUUAGCAGGACGGUUUGUCUUGCAACUUGGGGUCUGGGAGCGAAAGUUGAAAUAAAUGUAGGUCCGCAUGCCAAACGAAUAGCCGCUUAAUGGUGUUGUAUAAGAGUCGUUUGUUAUGUGAUUUAUUGAUGUGUUCAGUGCUCUAGUAAAGGAGAGAUAGAUUAGAACAAUACCAUCACACUACGUUACAGAAGAUUGCUUGAUUUAUCUAUUGUCCGAGAACUCUUCAAGUGCUAGAGCUCAGAUUAUUUCAAGUAAGGAGUGAAAGCUUUGUAAGCGCUGUUGUAAUGCUGCUGCUAAAUUAACAAAAUAAAUUGCUUGCAAUUCAA